AUGGUGCCGCUGUCAGGGGACGCGAGCGGUAGGAGUCUGUGCGCUGAAACCGGUGCAGCGCGAUUCGGGAGGAAAAGGGGAUACGUGCAGAGAAACAUGGAAUCCGAAUGGUUUUGGAAUCGCGGGACCUGCAGCCCAAAACAAGACAGAGGGGCAGAAGAGGGGCGAAGAGGAAAGAAGUUAAUGCCGAAAGAUGACAGUUGCAUCAACGAACAAGACGCUGUCAGUAGGCAGUAUGUUGGAGGGUAUCCAAGCUUUCAAAAGAUCCUUCAGGGGAAUAGGAACCCUAUCCUUCUAGGAUACCCUGCCGAGCGUCAAAAGAACCCAGUAAAAGGAGUUGCACAAGUGUUGUUGCUGACUCCGCUGCUUCGACUGAUUCGCCUUCCCAGUCUGUCCAGAGUUGGGGCUGCGUUUCUGGACUCGGAUAUCUCCAGGCAGUCGUCUUGGGAUCUCUGCGUUCAGAGGACAGUGGCGUUUGCACAGACUGAACUCGGGGGACUCCCUAGUAAGGAGCCUGGUGUUUCCCCGCAGUCGGCUAAUUGUCCCGAAAUAAAUGAGGUUUUUGUAGAGAUAGAAGUAAAACACGCUUUUUUCCUUUUUUUUCCAACAGGAAAGAGACUACAAGAAUGGAUCUCUGUCAUCUUAUGCUUCUCUCUGAUCUGUUUCAAUUUUUACAAUCUUCUCUUCUACUUGCGACUGGAACACACGCCCUCUGUUAUUGUUGGGAUAUUUGCAGGAGUUAUUACGGCUGACUUUCUGUCAGGAUUAUUUCACUGGGGAGCAGAUACCUGGGGAUCUGUGGAGCUACCCAUAGUUGGAAAGGCUUUCAUCAGACCCUUUAGAGAACAUCAUAUUGACCCCACAGCAAUUACCAGACAUGAUUUUAUAGAGACCAAUGGAGACAACUGCUUUAUGACACUAGUCCCGUUGGCAAACAUGGCAUACAAAUUUGUUUCUUUUUCCCCAGAGGCAUUAUAUGAAACAUGUCCUUGGGAGUGUUAUGUCUUUGCCCUUAUCAUCUUCAUAACCAUGACGAACCAGAUUCACAAGUGGUCUCACACGUACUUUGGUCUUCCACGCUGGGUCAUAUUUCUACAGGACUGGCAUGUUAUCCUGCCACGGAAGCAUCACAGGAUCCAUCAUGUGUCUCCACACGAGACGUACUUCUGCAUUACAACUGGUUGGCUGAACUAUCCAUUAGAGAAGAUAAGAUUCUGGAGGUGUUUGGAGAACAUUAUUCAAGCAGUUACUGGGGAGAAGCCAAGAGCAGAUGACAUGAAAUGGGCUCAGAAAAUUAAAUAACUUCUGCCAGCCUUCUGCAAUCCUUAACUUGUUGCCAAUGUUGUUUUU